CAACAUUGUUACAAUUCCGGCGUUCCUGGCGCGAACGCGGCUUUAUGGGUGACGGAUUCGCUUAUUAUCGAAUUGAGACGCGCUCGGUCUGAAGGGAUGCGGGAUGAUGAUGGAUGGAUCCCGCAGGUUUUUGGGGGAUGAUGCUGGAAGCGCGUCUCUUGGGCGUUUGAUUCCACCGCCUUUAAAUCGAAACGAUCGGUUGUGAGGAUCGUCAAGAUCCAGAUGUGCGAGGCGUUCAGAGAUAAUUCACGAAAUGGCCUUGAGUGAACGGAUGGAGGAAUAAUAAUCACGACCCUCGUGUGUUUUUGCUGAUUCUAGAUUUCAUGUCGCCUACAAAUAAUGAGCAUUAUGAAAGCUAAAACAGCUUUGGGACUCAAUCAUGAAGGACGGAAUGGCCAAUAACAGCACCGCCAGCAUCUCUCAGGCCCGGAAAGCCGUGGAGCAGCUGAAGAUGGAGGCCUGCAUGGACAGGAUAAAGGUGUCCAAGGCUGCGGCGGACCUGAUGGCGUACUGUGACGCUCAUAUACGAGAGGACCCGCUCAUCGUGCCUGUCCCGGCGUCAGAAAACCCGUUCCGGGAGAAGAAGUUCUUCUGCACCAUCCUCUGAGGCCGAGGCGGGCUGCAGGUUCUGCCGUGAGGUUUCCACGUCCCUGGCUGCUGCCGUUGAGCUGUGUUUGAGUGGCAGCCGCCGCAUCUGUUGACAGUCCGAUCCCUCCUGGACGCCUGUGGGGGUUUUUGGGGGGAGUCAAUUAACUGGCAACCCGGUCAGAGCGUCUCAUGUCUCGUUAAAUAGGUUUGUUAUUGCUUCGUAAUUAGAGAACAGCCUUUCUCACUGCUUAUGGGAUGAGAGAUUUUUGUGUUUUCCUUUCAUUUUGACUCAUUUCUCGUGCCACAGAUGGUGUGAAACCCCGACGGGUGGACGUUUUCUAAUGUAUUUAGACAUUUUUAUAAACUUAAGCUGUUUGAUGUGCAUUACUAGUCAAAUGUUUGGACACACUUGAGCGAUUCUUCAAAAAAAAGCUUGUGCAUUAAUAAUUUUUUACUUUAAACUGAGGACAAAAACAACAGAACUCAAUAUAACAAUUGUUACCUAUGCAUCCAUACGUUAAUUAUAUUGAUGGAAAUAUAUGUCAAAUCAUGAAGUCAUAAACACAAUCCAUUUUUCCUGCUAUUGCAAAUAUUUAUUCGCCCGUAGAUUUAAUAAAAAAGUCAUUCUCUCCAUGUUUUGAAUGAUUGAAAUUAGUUUUGUUGACAAAUUGUGACUUUGUAUGAAUUUGUUUACAAAACUGGAAUUUGAUUAAUCAUUUUAAAACUUGAAUUUGAUUGAUGAAUGUCCAAAACGAGAUUUGCGUUGCAUGUUUUUCCCAGACUCCCAUUUGCUUUAUUUCAUAGGUUUCACGACUAUUGUCUGUUUUUGAAUAUUAGUCGUAAAAAAAUAAUAAUAAUGCAUCCGAACUUUUGACUUUGAUCUGUAUUUAAAAUUAGAUUUAAAUUCUUAUUUUAUUGAAUUUCUUCUUUUUAUUCAAUGAGUCGUCAUCACUGCUGAAAAUUCAGCUUUGCAUCACAGGAAUAAAUUACAUUUUCAAAUAUUUUCAAAUAGAAUCAGUUAAAUUUUAAAUUCUAAAAAUAUUUCACAAUAUUUUACUGUAUUUUUGAUCAAAUAAAUGCCUUCUUGGUGAGCGUAAGAAAUAACAGUCGUAAUAAAGAACGAGCAGAUGUGUCCAAACCUUUGACUUGUAGUGCAUAUCUAAUGCGUUUUCAUUUGAAUGAUUUCCCAUCUCUCCCCAUUUUCCGAUAUGAUGAUAUUUGAGAUAUUUUUAAUCCGCUUAUGUGAAUCAAAUCUUAUCCAGUUUCCAAAUGACAUUGUGAUAAACAGAACCGGAUACCUCUGAAAAGGCCUCCUCAACAUUUGUGACACGAAUACAUCUUUCAGCCCUUCAGACCUGAGAUAUUGGAUAUUGAAUCAGUUCAGUUUGAGCUCAAACAUUCGACAGUAAUCCUCAUGCUGGUUUCUGGGAGGCGUUUGCCCUUGAGGUGUUGCGUUGUGCGUCUGAAUGAGGUCUCGACCCUACGGAUGUAUUUUCUGCCCCAUCUGACAUAAAAUCGAGCAGGACGGGAGUUUGUGCCGAUAACUGUGAGAUCACAUUAUUUUCCUCUUUAUCACAAAGUUAUUUGGAUAUUUCACCUUCGUACAGACAAUAUUCAAAGCUGAAGUGUGUCAUUUCGCAAUUGAGUUGUGCUGUGUAGGGAAAUCAAAUGGCGCACUUAUAAGUGAGGGAAUUUUAAAGAAAUAGUUCAUCCAAAAAUGAACAUAUGCCUAUAAUUUACUCACUCUCAGGCCAUUCAGAUUUGUAGAAAUGUAGCAUUGCAUCAGUGUCUCAGCAGUGGAUGCUCUGCAGUGAAUGGGUGCCGUCAGAAUGACAGCUGAUAAAAACAUCACAAUAAUCCACACCACUCCAGUCCAUCAGUUAACAUCUGGAGAAGACAAAAGCUGAAACAAAUCCAACUUUAAGACGUUUUUAACUUCAAACCAUUGCUUCCUGCUAACAUAUGAGUCUAUAAUCCUCCAUAAUAACGCUUCCUCCAGUGAAAAAGUGCAUCUGCUGUUGUCUCUCACAUCAAAAUCCAGCCACAUAUUUGUUUAGAGCUGUUUUGGCUUGUAAACGCUGCUUGAUCUGUGCAGAUUUCUCUCCUGAUUCAUCUUUUGGCGGACCGGUGGAUUAUUGUGAUGUUUAUAUCAGCUGUCAUUCUGACGGCACCCAUUCACUGCAGAGCAUCCAUUGCUGAGACACUGAUGCAAUGCUACAUUUCUCCAAAUCUGAUGAAGAAACAAACUCACCUACAUCUUGGAUGUCCUGAGGAUGUGUAAUUUUUCAGCAAAUUUUCAUUUUUGCCUGAACUAUUCCUUGAAUAUAAACGAAAUGACACACAUCGCCUUUAAAUUUAGUCUGAGUUAGAUUUAAAUGACCUUUUUAUUCAGUAAAAACAUCUUCCCACAUGCAAACAGGCAGAUUCUUUCUUCAAACCACCUCCCUGUUAAUGAUUUCUUCACACUUUCUGAAUGGCCUUACUAACACUGGCAUGUUUCACAGUAGUUUUUGAGUUUUGCCUGUCCUGAUUUAAACAGCAAGGCCUUUGACUGAAAUGCCAAACGGAGAGCCUGCAUGUGUGUUUACCUGCUGUGUAUGUGUGUGUGUGUGUGUGUGUGUGUGUGUGUGUGUGUAUAGAGAGGUGGUUUCUGAGUGCCAAGUACUGUGACUAUGGCGUGUCCUCUACACUGUUAUUUCACAGGCUUUUUCCUAUUCAAAACAAACAAACAAAAAAAGCACAAUGUCAGAUGUUUUUCUUUAUAUCACUGUAAUCUUAGUCUAGCCUUUGCUGAUUUAUACGAAACCAAGUGUUAUUAUAUCUAAUGCGCAGCACCUGAUUGAGGUGUUGCUUGUGUAACCUGUAUUAAAGCCCCUUUAACGUGUGCCACGGUGGACGGAGGGUCUUUUUGACACUCAAACUUAUCUUAUAUCCGGAGAUCCACCUCAAAAAGUGCAGAGAUGUAUAUUUAAAAUGCUAACAUUGCAUGAGAUCGCCUUUAAAUUCAGAGAAAACAGAGAGUGUGUAUGUAUGGUGGGUAUUUAAAAUGAUAUUGUGUUCUAAACGCUUAAUAUUUACUUUUAUAAUAGCGCUAAUGCUCCAUGUGUUCGGUGAGAAUGAGGGUUUGUUGGUUUUCCAAGCGAAUGAAAUGGAGUCCAGCUGAUUUCUACAGAAUUACGGUACAAUUAAACCCCAAAAUGUAAAUGGACUUUUAAAUAAUAUUAUGAUUAUUAUUAUUAUAAUAAAAACAUAACUUGCAUGGACUGAUUACCCUAUUUAAAUAUUAGAACUUUGAAAUACCUUGUAACUGAAUCAAUGCCUAAAUGUAUGGAUUUGUUGGUGCUUUUCUGCACUUUUCUCUUUUAGAAGUCUGAAUGUUUAGAUCUGUGCAGUUGUACAAAUUAAUAAACAUUUUAAAACUG